ACCGACACACACCCAAACACAGAGCGAGCUCCGGAUUUUUCCACGUAGCAGAGUUCACUUUUCCUUCACCGAUAGAGAUAAUUCUGCAAUUUAGCGCCGUUAUGUCUUCUAGUAAAUCACCUGACGGUGUUCGUCAAUGGGAAAGGUGGUUUCGGAUUGUUCUUUGUGUUUUAGGAUUAAUACUGUCGGUUUAUGCUCUUCAUGUGGAGGUGUCCCGAGAAAACGACCCAAAUUACCGAGCUAUGUGCGACCUCGCUGAAUCAGUGAGCUGCUCCAAGGUUUUCACCUCCAGAUGGGGACGUGGAUUUGGACUCGUCCAGCUAUUUGCUGAAAAGGAUAGCCUUCUGAACCAACCAAACAGUGUGUUGGGCAUCAUCUUUUACACUCUGCAGCUCGGCCUAGGCCAAAUGGUAUCCACUACAGCAGCACAUUUCUUGGUCAUAACAUCCUGGGUGUCAGUAGCUGGUUCGAUCUAUCUAGCUGCUAUUCUAGUGCUGGUGCUGGGUGAUUUCUGCAUGGUGUGUGUCUCAACAUACAUCAUCAACUUUGCGCUCCUCUACACCAACCUGAAAAGAAGGACAGGCCUCAGGGGAAAGCAGAAGAAAGAGAAGACAAGAUGAGAUCUCUCAUCUGUGUGUGUGUGUGCACGCGCGCCUGUCUGUCUUAGUAAGUGGUGCAAGGAACCAGCAGUCAUAUUGGAUUACAGGUGUCUUAAAAUGAAGCCAAAUACAAUAAAAAUGGCAUACUUUUUCCCACUUAAAUUAUAUUUUGUUCUGUCUGCUGAAGCAAUUCCACCAUGUAAGAACAUAGUGUUCUUUGCUUGUACAACUGUAGAUCAGACUGUUACACAAAAGCAUGCAAGUGAGUAAUCUGUUUACUUAAAAACUAUUUGCCUCUUUGAAUAAAAGCUUAUUAAAAAGUAACCAUAUUCUCGUAUAUGUCUUAAUUAAAGUGAAAGUAGGUGUAGGCCAGGGAUUCCCGAACUAGGGCUUGCAAGAUUAACAAAUGGGAUCACAACAGAAACUCACAUUCUCCUUUUUUCAUUUAUUGUACAGGUUAAUAUUAGAAAUAUCAAAUAUGGAUUUUAUGUGCUGAUAUUUUGAAAUGUUACUGGGAGUCACAUGCAAACAAACCACAUUUAAACGAAUAGGGGGCAUUUUAUUUUAGUUGCAAGCCAAGUAUGAAAUGUCCCUCUUCUCUUAUUUUCACCAUCCUUUCUCUUAACAAUAAGGUCUGAUGUUGAUAUUUUGUGCCUUGGGUUAAAGUAAAAGUGGUAUAUACAUUAUCUAUCGAUAGAUAAGAUAAUUAAUUAAUUAUCUAAUCAGUUUAAGACAAUGCAUUUAAGGCAUACAUAUGCAAUUAUGGCCACUAGGGGGCAUAGUAUCAACAUUGUAGUGCAGUGUAUAAUAUUUUAUACAUUUAUUUAACCCUGUAGAUCCCAGUACAAUGUUAGUUAAAGGGUUUUUGUUUGCUUUAAACAAACCAA